AUGUCUAAGUCCAAGGUUGAUAACGUCGAGAAGAAGCGCAAGCGCGAUACUGAGGUAGCAGAGGAUGCGCCCAAGAAGUCCAAGAAGUCCAAGAAGGUCGAAGAUUCCUCGGAUGCGCCUGCAGUCGAAGCUGUAGAGGUGAAGAAGGAAAAGAAGGAAAAGAAAGACAAAAAGGAUAAGAAAUCAAAGAAGGACAAGAACAAUGUAGAAGCAUCCGCCACUGAGGAGGCUGUAGAAGACGCAAAGAAGGAGAAGAAGGAGAAGAAAUCCAAAAAGUCCAAAAAGUCCAAGGAUGUCGACGACUCCGAAGAUGCCCCCGCAGAGGAGGCUGCUCUCAUCGAUGAGAUGAAGAAGUCCGAAAACUUUAUCAGCGUCAACGACGACGAGCCAAUGCCCGACGCCACUGAUGCGCCAGCCAAGAAAGACAAGAAGAAGGAGAAGAAGGAAAAGAAAGACAAAGAGUCGAAAAAGUCAAAGAAGAGCAAGGAUGAUGCCAAGACUGAGGACACACCUAUGGAAGACGCUGCUGAGGAGCAGAAUGGCACAGCGGAGCCCGCCCCGGUAGAGGCCAAUGGUGUAGACCUUGAGUCCAAGUCCGAGAAGAAGGAAAAGAAGGACAAGAAGAAGGACAAGAAGGAAAAGAAAGAAAAGAAGGCAAAGAAGUCUGAGGAUGUAGAGACCAAUGGCGAAGCUUCUGCCGAAACCAACGGUGAAGCUGCCGCGGAAGACGUAGAAGUCACCGAGGAAGUAAACGCUGAGGAGGCAGAGGAAGCUGAGGCUGCAGUCGAAGCCAACCAAGGUCGCUUCAUCGUCUUUGUUGGCAACCUCCCCUACUCUGCAACCAAGGAGCAAAUCGAGAAGCACUUUGAAAAGAUCAAGCCCAGCGAGAUUCGCCUACGUACAUACAAGGGUAGCGACAAGUUCAUGGGUACAUGCUUUGUUGAAUUUGACCGAUUCGACCGCAUGGUGACAUGCUUGAAGAAGUACCACCAUUCCGUCUUCCCUGACCCCAAGAAGAAGGAGGGCAGAAAGAUCAACGUCGAAUUAAGUGCUGGAGGCGGCGGUAACAGCGAAGUCCGCAGAUCCAAAAUCGCAGCCAAGAACGAGAAGCUCCACGACGAGCGCGCCCGCGACCGGGUCAGGAAGACCGAGCUCGAAAUGAAACAAAGCGAACGUAAGCAGAAGAAGGAGGCCAAGACUGGCAAGAAGGGUGAAGAUGCUGGUGCUGAGGAGGCUGAGGCGACGGAGAAGCCAUCGGAAGCUGAGACUUUUGGUAUGAACCCGGCUCGUUUGGCUAUGAUGCAGGGCCCCCAGCGGCCGGUGCACCGGUCGAGAUAUUAG